GGGGAGGAAAGCUCCGGGCUGUGGGGAAAGCUGCCUUUGGCCAGCCCAGGGGCCCCGCCUUUGGACCUGUGCUUGGGCUUGACUCCCAGGUCCGCCGUCCAGGUGUCCGGGCUGGUGUUCGUCCCGCCCCCAGCUGCCUUCUGGGCCCAGCCUCCACUUUCAGCAGGGCCGGCACUCAGAGGCUUCCUGGGGCAGCCGCGGCCCCUCCACUGGGGCCCAGGUGACCUGUAUUCCAGCAGAGGCCCGCUAUGGCCUCUGACGCCUGAAGCGUCAGCCUUGGACAGGUGGCCUAGACACAGAGAAGGCCCUGGAGGACGCAGCUGGGAUGGGGCGACACUCUGGCUGGGUCUUACAGUGAGUCCCUGUGCCUUUUCAGGAGGUGACAGCUUGUUUCCCCGCAGCCAGAGGCAGCCAUUGUAGCGGACAGAGCCCUCUGUGUUAGAGCAGGUCUGGGCAUCAGGCCCCACUGUCCCGGGCUGGAGGUGCUCAUGGCCCCGUAGGCAGCAGGGAGGACACUAUUUCUGUGUUGGGGAGCGGCCAGGGACAGGAGUUUUCUGCCAGCGGGAGCAUCCCAGGAUGAGCUGGGCAGGCCUGCUCUCAAGGGAGGGAGUCCCCCACCAUGGGAGGCAUCCAGGUACUGACCCUUCUCCCACUCCCUCCUGCCCUCCCGCGGAGGGCACAAUGCCUCACCCAUUUCCCCUCCUCAGGAGCAUGGGGUCAGCCUUUGAGUGGGUGGUCCGGAGAGUGGUCCAGGAGCUGGACCACAGUGGGGAGCUCAUCCCCAUGACCAGCCCAAAGGACUCCCCUGGCUUCCAGCCCUACUUCCUGGUGUUCAGGAAGCCCUCAAGCUCAUGGUUCUGGAAACUGUGUUAUAAGCCUCUCAACCUGUCAAUCAAGGACAUCCUGGAGCCGGAUGCCCCAGAACCAGAUUUGCAGCGUGGCAGCACCUUCCACUUCUACGACACCGUGGAUGGGCAGCUACGGGGCGGCGUGGAGCUGUCAGCCCCAGGACAGGCGAAGAUCACGGGUGGGGCCUCGGUGUCUGACAGCUCCAGCACCUCAAUGCAUGUGUACUCGCUGAGUGUGGACCCGAACACCUGGCAGACCCUACUCCAUGAAAGGCACCUGCAGCAGCCAGAGCACAAAAUCCUGCAGGAGCUGCGGAGCCGCGGGGACAACGUGUAUGUGGUGACGGAGGUGCUACAGACGCAGACGGAGGUGGAAGUCACACAGACCCACAAGCGGGAGGGUUCGGGCAAGUUUUCCCUGCCGGGAGCCAUGUGCUUGCAGGGUGAGGGCCAGGGCCACCUGAGCCAGAAGAAGACAGUCACCAUCCCCUCGGGCAGCAUCCUCGCAUUCCGAGUGGCCCAGCUGGUUAUUAACUCUGACUUGGACAUCCUUCUCUUCCCGGAUAAGAAGCAGAGGACCUUCCAGCCGCCCCCGACAGGCCACAAGCCUUCCAGGAGUGUAGGCGCCUGGCCACAGCUGCCCUCAGUCCUCUCCAUGAUGGGGUGCCUCCACAACUUCUCGGCAGAUGGGGUCCCUGCGGAGGGGACAUUCACUGAAGACUUCCAGGGCCUAAGGGAAGAGGUGGAGGCCAUCUCCAAGGAACUGGAGCUCUUGGACAGAGAGCUGUGCCAGCUGCUGCUGGAGGGCCUGGAGGGGGUGCUGCGGGACCAGCUGGCCCUGCGAGCCUUGGAGGAGGCGCUGGAGCAGGGCCUGAGCCUUGGGCCAGUGGAGUCCCUGGACGGUCCAGCAGGUGCUGUCCUGGAGUGCCUGGUGUUGGAAUCCAGAAUGCUGGUGCCGGAACUUGCCGUCCCCGUUGUCUACCUGCUGGGGGCGCUGACCAUGCUGAGUGAAACGCAGCACAAGCUGCUGGCGGAGGCGCUGGAGUCGCAGACCCUGUUGGGGCCGCUCGAGCUGGUGGGCAGCCUCUUGGAGCAGAGUGCCCCGUGGCAGGAGCGCAGCACCGUGUCCCUGCCCCCCGGGCUCCUGGGGAGCAGCUGGGGUGAAGGGGCACCGGCCUGGGUCUUGCUGGAGGAGUGUGGCCUGGAGCUGGGGGAGGACACGCCCCAUGUGUGCUGGGAGCCGCAGGCCCAGGGCCGCAUGUGUGCACUCUACGCCUCCCUGGCACUGCUAUCAGGACUGAGCCAGGAGCCCCACUAGCCUGUGCCCAGCAUGGCCUGGCAGCUCUCCAGCAGGGCAGAGUGUUUGCCCACCAGCUGCCAGCCCUAGGAAGGCCAGAAGCCCAGCAGCCACGUGGCCAGUCUACCAUGGGGCCCAGGAGCUGGGGAAACACAGUAAAGGUGGUGUAUGAAGGAAA